AGGGCUUCCAUUUUCCAAACCACAUGUGAUCUCCCAGUUGGAGAAAGGAGAAGCUCCGUGGAUAACAGAGAAAGCGUCCCUUGUUCCAAGAGUCUCUUGUCAAGAUUUCUUUAUUCAAAAGACAAGAUAUAAAACUAAAAAGUCAGUUGCAACUAAGAGUAUUUCCAUGAGAAAUUUAUCCAAGAAGAGACUCUCAAAGAAUAGCUGCUGGAACUUUGCCUUAAAAGAAGUCUGGGAUUUUGAUGCAAGGUUGAAGAGACAGAUGGGUAAUCAGAAGAGAUGGGCCAGACAAGUUACAAUCAGUCAAAGAACAACUUCAAAUGAACUGAGUCUUCGUGAAUGUGUUACUUUGGAGAAAAAGCUCAAACUGGGAUCACUUAUUACUACCAAACAGAAAGCUAACAUGGGAAAACAUCUCCAUAAAUAUGAUUCUUUUGGAAAGAGCUUUAAAUAUUUGUCAGAAAUAUUUAAACAUAAUAGAAUCCCUUCAGGGAAGAAGUAUUAUAAGUAUAACAAAUGUAAGAAGCCCUUCAAUUAUCACUCAGAUCUUUUUCAAUACCGUAAGAUACAUAGUGGAGAGAAAACUCAUAAAUGUGAUGAAUGUGGGAAAACCUUCAGCAACAACUCGUGUCUUACUGUGCAUUUAAAAAUUCAUACUGGAGAGAAGCCCUUUGACUGUUCUGAAUGUGGAAGAGCCUUCAGGCGUAGAGCACAUCUUAUUCAACAUCAGAGAAUUCAUACUGGAGAGAAACCUUAUAAAUGUUAUGAUUGUGGAAAAGCCUUUAGUGUUGACUCCUACCUUAUCAAACAUCAGAGAAUUCACACUGGAGAGAAACCGUAUAAAUGUAAUGAUUGUGGGAAAGCUUUCAGACAAUUAGGAAAUCUUAAUCAGCAUCAGAGAAUUCAUACUGGAGAAAAACCCUAUAAAUGCCAUGAAUGUGGGAAAGCCUUUAGUCAGUGGGGUCACCUCAAUCAACACCAGAGAACCCAUACUGAAGAAAAACCCUUUGAAUGUAAUGAAUGUGGAAAAGUCUUUAGGCAGUUGGGAAAUCUUAAUCAGCAUCAAAGAGUUCAUACUGGAGAAAAACCAUAUAAAUGUAACCAAUGUGGGAAAGCUUUUAACAAUAAUUAUCUCCUUAUUCAGCAUGAAAGAAUUCAUACAGGUGAGAAGCCAUAUGUAUGUAAUGAUUGUGGAAAAGCCUUCAGUCGAGGGACAUAUCUUAAGAAACACAAAAGGAUUCAUACUGGAGAGAUACCCUAUAAAUGUAAUGAAUGUGGGAAAGAAUUCACUGACAAAGCAUCCUUUAUUUAUCAUCAGAGAAUUCAUACUGGAGAGAAACUUUAUGAAUGUAUUGAGUGUGGGAAAACUUUUAGCCAAAAAGCGAACCUUAAAAAACAUAAAAUGAUCCACACUGGAGAGAAGCCCUUUGAAUGUAGUGAAUGUGGAAAAGCCUUCCGAGAGAGGGGAAGUCUCAGUGUACAUAAAAGAAUUCAUACAGGAGAGAAGCCCUUUGAAUGCAAUGAAUGUGGAAAAGCUUUCCGAGAGAGGGGAAGCCUUAGUGCACAUCAAGAAAAGCAUGCUGAAGAGAAACUUUACAAAUGUGAUGAAUGUGGGAAAACCUUUAGAUACAAGGGAUAUUUUAGUAUUCAUCAGAGAACUCAUACGCAAGAGAAAUGCUAUAAAUGCAAGGAAUGUGGGAAGGACUUUAGCCUAAGGGCAUCUUAUAUUAUUCAUCAGAGAAUUCACACUGGAGAGAAGCCCUAUAAAUGUAAUAUAUGUGGGAAAGCUUUCAGUUAUAAUACAUCCCACAGUAGACAUCUGAGAACUCAUACUGGAGAGAAACCCUUUGCGUGUAAUGAAUGUGGAAAAGCUUUCACUCAGAGGGACUACCUUACUGAACAUGAAAGAAUUCAUACUGGAGAGAAACCCUUUAAGUGUAAUGAAUGUGGAAGAGCUUUUAGGCAGAAGCAAACUUAUAAUGCACAUAAGAAAAUUCAUACUAGAGAGAAAUCCUUUAAAUGUAAAUUAUACGAGAAAACUUCAACUACAAAUGGUGCUAUAUAGAACAAACAGAAAUUAAUACUAAUGAGUCUCCAAAGGUGCAAUGAAUGUAGGAAAGCCUUCAGCACAAGCUUAGGAAAGUCAUGAGAGAAUCCAUACUGAAGAAAAACUAUGAAAUGACUUUGAGACAACUGAAGGGUGUGUAUUUUAUCCCUCAGAGACUUUAUAUAGAACAUUAACUUUGGGGAUAUAAUACCAUGGGCAAUGCGUCAUAUAAUCUUGUCAUUUGUUAAACAUUCAAGUCCAGAUGUCUGAUUUUUUUUUCAUGCUCUAGUAUAUCAUUUGGUGCUUUAAGAAAGAAAAACAUCAAAAUCAUGUUUGAUAUCCCCUUUAUUACAUGUUGGCUGCUGUUAAGAAACAAUAGCGUUGUAUAGUAUAGGAUCUUUAAUAGUACCUACAGAAGAAUUCCAGAAAAUUUAUUCUAUAACCCAGUAAUGGUUACAUCUUAACUGCUGUGGGAAGAAAUAAAAAACUAUUAGUUGACAACACUGUUGAGAAUAUCCUAACUAUGUUGAAGAAUAAAAAGAAUCAAUUUUUAGUGAGUUUGUGGCUUUCUUGGUUCUAGCAAUCAAUAUUAUUCUGGUUAUAAGUCCCCAACAGAAUCAUAUAGAAAAAACUCAAGUCAAGCCUUAUAUAACCCACUUGUUCUUUCUUUACUUUAUUAUCAAUUCCCUGCC